CAAUGAUUGGACUAGUGAAGUGGUUCCGCACAGUUACCAAAACAGCGUUCAGCAAAAAGUACCUGCUGCUAACGAAUGUAGCCAUCUCGGUCAGCCUAUCCGGUGUGGGUGAUAUAAUCGAGCAGCAUUAUGAAAUCUACAACGGUCAGCUAGCAGCGUGGGACCGCCAGCGGACCCGCUUCAUGUCAAUCUCCGGCAUGACGGUCGGUGUAUUCUGCCACAGCUGGUACAACUUUAUGGACCAUCGGUUUCCCGGCCGCACGGUAGGACUGGUGCUGAAGAAGGUACUGAUCGAUCAAACCGUCGCCUCACCAAUUGUGAUAUUCCUCUUCUUCGCCACGCUGGCAGUGCUGAAACGUUCCUCAUGGGAGGAAACGCGUCACGAGGUGCGGGAAAAGUUUAUCCGACUGUACACGGCCGAAUGGAUCGUUUGGCCACCGGCGCAAAUCGUCAACUUUUACUUCCUACCGACGAAGUAUCGCGUGUUGUACGAUAACACAAUUUCGCUCGGGUACGAUGUUUACACCAGCUAUGUAAUUAAUGAGGAUUGCGGUAGCGAUCAAACCGACGCACAGACAGUAAGCCACACAAGAUGCUAA